AUGUUCUGUCGGUGUGAUGUCGUCGCACAGCACAUUGUUAUGCGACGGUAUUAUUGGGCGAAAUUCGAUGGAAGCCCGUCGGCGAUUAUGGACGUGAAAUCAAUAGCGGAACGGGGACCGACCGAUUCUGAACAGACUCUCGAUCUGCUCUUAUCUGCGAUACAUGAGGAACUGUCGUCGUGCUUUGAUGCAUAUUUCGCCGUUGAAGAUGAAUCGUUCUGGACACAAGUGGCUCCACUGAUUCGACUUGAACAUGACUAUGACGCAGAAUUGCCCGGUAUGGUGUGUAGAGUAUACAUGCGAGAGGAAUCGCCAUGGGUUUUGAGCGUCGUUGUUGUGCCGGCGACCUCAGAAAGCAUAGAAGUGCUAGAAGCGAUACCAUUGUUGUUCUGCCUGUGUGACGAGCCUCUGCUAGCAGUGGAUCUUGGCAAACGUAACUCACCACCUCCUGAACGGAUUCUCGAUCGACGAUAUUCACGCUCACCGUCGGCGAAAUUGCAGGAGGAGGAGAAAGAGAUCGGCGAUGCCCGUAUGCCAGAUGAUACGAUCUCUUCGACUGGAUCGCUCCGAAGAGCUGACAGACCGGUCGAUCAGUUUAGGUUGCGGCAUGCAUUGGCGGAAAAGGAGAAUGGAAAACAUAGAAACGGCGAUGAGAAGCAGUCAAGAACGCUUGCUUUCGGCCGUGAUUAUCCGCUGUUCAUCUACUUUAUGUGUUCGGUUGAGUAUCCAGAUCACUCAAUGGAUACAUUUCCUGUGACGUUUCUGCCGACAUGCAUCAAGGAAGUGCUUCGUGGAGGUGUGGAGCGAUCGGAAAGUGAUCUUGAUGUGAAAAGCGUAGUGGUCCGUCUGGAUUUGUACGUGAUGACGUGGCCAAGCGAAAAGAUGACGAAAAAUCGGCUCCAGGACGAAAGCGAUACAGAUACCGACGAAGAUACCCACAGCCAGCGACAGAUACGAUUUCUCGAGAAAAUGCCCAAGAAGGUAGGAAUGCUCGAAUUCCAACAAAACAACCAGAAAACCCUUCUGAUCUUUUUAAGCUCAAAUGGCGUUUGUGGAGUAGUCAUAUGA